AUGGAAGCGAUUCUAAUCACGAUUGUUAUAUAUUUCUACGUGGAAUGGUCGUUGGCUUUUGUGGUGGUUGUGGUCGAAUCGAGAUGGGGAUUUGUGGCUUUGAUAAGGAGCUCGUAUUUGGUUAAGGGGAUGCGAUCAGUUUCGUUGUUGGUGAUGUUGUAUUUUGGUGUUUGUGGUGUGCUCUUAGUGGGGAUGUGUUCUGAAAAUUUCUAUAGAAGUUGGGCGUUCGGUCCGCUAGUAUUUAUUACGAUGCUUGGUUCGGUCUUUCUAAUGAUAUUUAUGCUUCGGAUUACUGCUGCGAACACUGUGUUGUAUAAUUACUGCAAGGCUUUGCAUGGUGAAUUGGCACUUGAGGUUGCUGAGGGGUUUGUUCAAGAAUACAUGAAUUUGCCUGUCGAUGUUGGAUGGUGA